UCUCCCUCUCUCCCUGUCUCUCUCUCUCUCUCUCUCUGUCUCUCUCCCUCUCUCCCUCUCUCUCCCUCUCUCUCCUGACGUGUCCUGUUUAAAUCCGCAACCUCUGGACUUAGUUCAAGGUCCAGAUGUUGAAACAGGGUCUUGUCGGUGACACAGUGACGGCUCCAAACGUCCCAAGCCAGGUGGAUCAUUAAACUUUCCAAUGGAAUCAAUACUGAACUUUCUGCUCCCACACACCCACUUUCCCCCUUUGUAGGUUGUGUAAGGGGGCAGAGGAGGGGGUGGGUGGGUUUGAUCAGGAUCCCUCCCUCCCUCUCUCCCUCUCUCCCUCCCUCUCUCCCUCUCUCCCUCCUUCUCCCUCCCUCUCUCUGUGAUGCUCACCUUGUCACCCUGCCCUGCACUGCUACCUGCGCUCCCGGUGCAACUCGCUCUGGCCAGGGCUUGGCGACGCGGCUGCACCCCUCCGCUCAGCUCUCUCCGCCUCUCCCGCAGGCAUCUGUCCACCCCGAGGUCCGGUGUGGAGACCAUGUCCGCAGCCGAGGCGAACGGGGCGGCCGGUGGGCGCCAGAAGGUGCUAACCCUGGACUCCAUGAACCAGCAGAUCCAGCAAGUGGAGUACGCGGUGAGGGGUCCGAUCGUGCUAAGGGCCAUGGAGAUUGAGAAGGAGCUUCAACAGGGUGUAAGCAAACCCUUCUCUGAGGUCAUCAAAGCGAAUAUUGGAGAUGCACAUGCUAUGGGACAGAAGCCAAUUACCUUCAUCCGACAGGUUCUAGCGAUCUGCACGUUCCCGAACCUCCUGUGCGAUCACACGGUGCCAGAGGAUGCCAGAAAGCGGGCAAAGAUAAUCUUAGACGCGUGUGGGGGAAAGUCUUUCGGUGCCUACACUGCCAGCCAGGGCCUAGAGUGUGUUCGUUACAGCGUGGCUAAAUACAUCGAGACCCGAGAUGGAGACAUCCCCUCAGACCCGAGCAACAUCUUCCUCUCGACUGGAGCCAGUGAUGCCAUUGUGACCACCCUGAAGCUCCUGGUGUCUGGUGAGGGCAAAUCGAGGACUGGAGUCAUGAUCCCAAUCCCACAAUACCCACUCUAUUCAGCUGCUAUCGCAGAACUCAACGCAGUCCAGGUGAACUAUUACCUCGAUGAGGAGAAUUGCUGGGCACUGAACAUCGAGGAACUUCGGCGAGCACUCAAUGAAGCGAGGAGGCACUGCAACCCCAAAGUACUUUGUGUGAUUAAUCCUGGAAACCCCACAGGUCAGGUCCAAAGCAGGCAGGUGAUAGAGGAUGUGAUCCGAUUCGCUGCUGAGGAAGGACUUUUCUUGAUGGCCGAUGAGGUCUAUCAGGACAAUGUUUACGCUGAGGGCUGUCAGUUCCAUUCCUUUAAGAAAAUUCUCUUUGAAAUGGGUCCAGAAUAUUCCGACAACGUGGAAUUGGCUUCAUUCCAUUCUGUCUCCAAGGGUUACAUGGGAGAGUGUGGUUACCGAGGGGGCUACAUGGAGAUAAUCAAUCUGGACCCUGAUGUAAGGAAGCAGUUGAUCAAACUGAUCUCGGUGCGUCUCUGCCCCCCAGUGUCAGGACAGGCAGUGCUUGGAGUGAUCACAAAUCCCCCACAGCCAGGAGAACCCUCUUACGAAAGGUUCCUGAAAGAGAAGCAGUAUGUGCUGAGCUGUUUGGCAGAAAGGGCGCGUCUGACGGAGGAAGUGUUUGGCGAUACCCCUGGGAUCCGGUGUAACCCUGUGCAGGGAGCCAUGUACUCGUUUCCCAGGAUUGAGAUCCCACCCAAGGCCAUAGCAGCAGCUCAGGCUGCAGGACAGACUCCCGAUAUGUACUUCUGUAUGAAGCUGCUGGAGGAGACCGGAAUCUGUGUGGUUCCAGGGAGUGGAUUUGGACAGUUAGAAGGCACUCAUCACUUCAGAAUGACCAUCCUGCCCAAGACCGAGAAGCUGAAGAUGCUCCUGAGCAAACUAAAGACUUUCUACCAGGAUUUCACCCAGCAGUACUCAUAAACCUCCGAGCCCAGCACCUCCCUCCGCCGAGGGAGCAGAGAGGGGUUAGGGUUUGGGGAUAUCGAAUGCAAUAACAAGGGGAACAAAUUCCUUGAUGUUUAUACAGGUGCCUGGGGUUAAUGGAAAGCAAUAAAAAGAGAGAGUACAGACCUGGAACUAUUGCAACAUUGUCCAAAGGUUAUCGAGGGAGAGAAAUGUGGGGGAGGGGAAGGGAAGGGCAGUUGUGAUAAAGAAGGUCUGCUCAGAUAGUACAAUUUCUAGGUAGUGUAUCGAUGCAAUAGUCUCAAAAUUAGGUUGAAGUACUUGGAGCUGCCUGAUUAAUCCAUUAUCUCUAUCCCCAGUUUCAGAAAGCAUUCUGUUUGUGUUGUUUUUGAUGUAAUGUCUGGGGGUUGGUUAGCCCAGUUGGCUGGAUAGCAGGUGAUGCAGAGAGACGCCAACAGCAUGGGUUCAGUUCCUGUACCACCAGAGGUCACCCAUGAAGGUCCCACCUCCUCAGCCUCGCCCCUCACCUGAGGCAUGGUGACCCGAGGGUCAAACUCACUGCCAGUCAUCUCUUUCUGCUGAGGGAGAGCAGCCUAUGGCCCUGGGACUACAGCAACUUUCACCUCGUUUGAACAACCUCUUCACCUUGGCCUUAAGCCCGUAAAUAUCUGGGUGAGGAGACAGCUGAAUGGGAUAUUGAUCGGGAAUUUUCUUGACUCACGCAUUUGUUAACCUUGGACCGCGUCAAUGGCUCAGCCUUGGGCCAAUGUACGUGUGAUGGGUUGAAAACCGGGAAGCCUGAGUUAGGUGACCCUCAAUGGGAUUGCUGGCAACACGAUUGCUCUCAGUGUCACUGGCUCAGAACAGUGCCGAACCAGCCAAGAUUUCUGCUCCUGACUGGCGUUCCUGGACCCUUGGCAAGAAUGUGUGUGUCUGUCAGACUGGAUAGCACUGGGCUGGGGUGGGAAGGUGGCAACAGUCCAGUGGUUAGACUGAGUGACUUUAUUAGCCAACUUUCCCUGAACACAGCUGACAAUAAUGUCACUAUUGUUGAUCAAUAGACCCACAAGCAACAAUAUUGACAUUCAGUAAUUUGCAAGUCAGGAAUGGUAAUUGUCCAAGAGCCUGACUCAACAUCCUGCCUAUCAGUUAUCCAUUAGGUACCCAGCUGUCCGUUGAGUUCUGUGGCAUACUGAGCACAAUUUCCUUCUGCAGCUCUGCUCAUUGAUUGGAUUCCGUGUGCCAGACCAUAAGACCAUAAGACAUAGGAGCAGGAAUUAGGCCAUUCGGCCCAUCAGGUCUGCUCCGCCAUUCAGUCAUGGCUGAUAAGCUUCUCAACCCCCAUUCUCCCGCCUUCAAGUUGAGCACUUGGUGCUAAAGUUGAAAGUUCAUGAACUCUCCUUCAUCAGAAGGGCAGCAAUGGGGACUGUAGGGAAUCCACAAGAGACACGAGAGGGAGAAAUACAAGAAGCGCUCCAAGCCAGCCAAGACCCACAGCAGAUUGCCAGCUCCAUAAUCAAGCUGGAGUCACCCUGCUCAGGUAUCUUGUCCCAGCCAUGUCCCAGUCACUUCCCCCUCGCUCAGCUCUGGGAAGUGAGCCUCAUGCUGUGUUCUGCUCAGGGUAAGGACAGUGUGAGACAGCACUCCACUCCCUGAAAAAAAAGUGAACUAAUUCUCUUCACCGUUGUGUAUCCAGAGGCCAAAAUGUUGGGUUGUAUCUGCCAGUUUUAGCAAUCAAACACUCGAGUGCCUUCACUAAUGUUCUGUCUCCAAUCUAAUCUAGUCGUGUAGUCAAGGGUAAGUGGGAUUCACUUUCAGAGCAGGCUGGCCGAUAUUUAUUCCAGUGUUGUGUUAACACGCCGGAUUGUCUCAAUUGCCUGAAGAUUAUUCCGGGGAGAUGUUAUUUAAUCCAGAAGCAGAAUAUUGCGAAUGGUGUUAAUCUAAAAUAAAAACAGAAAAUGCUUGAAAGUCUCAGCAGGUCAGGCAGCACCUGUGCAACAUUUCAGGUCAAUGGCUCUGUUACUGGAGGAUUACAUGAUCGAUUAUUGAGGAAGCUGUGAAUUCUAGCAGUGGGCAGUACAAAUUAUAUUUCAAGUUGUCAUAUUCAUGUAGGACAAGGUUUGCAGUGAAUGACUGGGGCCAAUUUGAACUUGGCUCUGUCUGAUGUGGUAGAUGUAAUGGGCAAUAAUAGUUUCAAUAUCUGUCACAUCUGUCUAGGUUGAUUUUAAUGUUAAACUACCUCCUAAAUGCUAGGACCACUUUUUAAUCAGGUAUUUUUAUAUUCCUGUCUCAAAUUAAGCUGCUUGAUGUUUGUUCCUGAUUUUCUGAAUGCUGGAACUCAAUAGACCUGGGUCCUAAUUCUCCCCGUCUACGCAAGGUCCAGGAGGGUUCAAUCGUCUUGAGAAAUGGAAUGAUGGUUUGUUUUUUAAAGUGUUUGGGGCAGGGGAGGCCAGAAGGACUGAAAGAUCGCGCACUCCCACUCUGUCUUUCCUGGUGUUGUUUUAAAAAUAAACGCUAUUAACUGGAAACGA